UAAAUCCCCGCCCGCUUCAUUCCUGCGUUGUUUGGGGACAGUAGGAAGAUGGCGGCGGCCCCGCUGUACUGUGUCUGCCGGCAGCCCUACGAUGUGAGCCGGUUUAUGAUCGAGUGCGACAUCUGUAAAGACUGGUUCCACGGCAGCUGUGUGCAGGUAGAAGAGCAUCAUGCUGUGGAUAUUGAUGUUUACCACUGUCCCAACUGUGAUGUUGUACACGGACCCUCCCUGAUGAAAAGGCGCAACAACUGGCACAGGCACGACUACACUGAGCCAGACGAUGGAUCAAAACCAGUUCAAGCUGGCACCUCAGUGUUUAUCAAGGAGCUGCAGAACAGGACCUUCGCUAGUGGCGAGGAGAUUCUGAUGCGGAUGAACGGUGAGCAGGUAACACCCAGGUACCUGGAGAGGCACAGCUUCAACUACCCCAUAGUGGUCACCGAGAUGGAGGGUCUGGGACUCAAACUACCAGCCCCUACUUUCUCUGUCAAAGAUGUGGAGCAGUAUGUCGGUGGUGACAAAGUCAUUGAUGUGAUAGAUGUGGCACGGCAGGCGGACAGCAAGAUGAAGCUCAGCGAGUUUAUCAAGUAUUUCACCAAGUCCCAUCGACCUAAGGUCCUCAACCUUAUCAGCCUGGAGUUCUCUGACACUAAGAUGUCAGAGCUGGUGGAGGUUCCUGACGUGGCUCAGAAGAUGUCCUGGGUGGAGAACUACUGGCCAGAUGACUCCUUCUUCCCCAAGCCGUUUGUCCAGAAGUACUGCCUUAUGGGGGUCAGGGACAGCUAUACAGAUUUCCACAUAGACUUCGGGGGCACCUCCGUCUGGUACCAUGUUCUCUGGGGUGAGAAGAUCUUCUAUUUGAUCAAGCCCACUCCUGCCAACCUUGCACUAUAUGAGGCAUGGAGCUCCUCGCCCAAUCAGAGUGAAGUGUUCUUUGGGGACAAAGUGGACAAGUGCUACAAGUGUGUUGUACCCCAGGGAACUACCCUGCUCAUCCCUACAGGCUGGAUUCAUGCUGUUCUCACCUCUCAGGAUUGCAUGGCUUUUGGAGGGAACUUCCUUCACAACCUCAAUAUUGGCAUGCAGCUCAGGUGUUAUGAAAUGGAGCGUCGUCUGAAAACCCCAGACCUCUUUAAGUUUCCGUACUUCGAGGCCAUCUGUUGGUAUGUGGCCAAGAACCUUCUGGAAAUGCUAAAAGAGCUACGUGAGGACAACUGUCCGCCACCGACCUACCUAGUGGAGGGAGUCAAGGCUUUAAUCAGUGCACUGAAGACCUGGUUGAAAAGAGAGGUGACUGAGCCCACCAGUGAGGUACCAGACAAUAUCAGGCCCAACCAUCUCAUUAAAGAGCUGACCAAGGAAAUCCGCUACGUGGAGGAGGAACCAGUCGGUGGUAGCAAGCCAGUGAAAUCUCAGGGAAGCGGGUGUGGAGUAGCAUUUGGAUCGAAUGGCUGCCCAGCCACUCGCUCCACACUAGAGAGGCUGUGCCAGGCACGGCGGGCGAGGAGAGCUGCUAGGCGGCUAAGGGAGCAGCAGCGGCAGGCCCCUAAAUUGCCCUCCAACCUGGACAUCUUGGAGCAGCACACCAGGGAGGUGCUGAAGAGGCUAGAGGUGGGACCGCUUGAGGAGGAUCAGGCGUUCUGUGCCAAGGUUCAUGGGAAGCUCAACAAAGUGUCAACUGCAUCAGCAGCUGCUGCUGCAGAGUCUUUAGAGGACAACCACCUACGGCUAAUGCUAGUCAAUGGCAGAAUCAUCAGAGAUAUGAGGCGGCCAGGCAGCAGCCCGGUAAAGACGGAGGGUGAACGGUCGUCUGUUGGCCAGGGUCCACCAAAGAGUUGCGUGGAUGUGAAGUUGGAGAGGACGCAAGACAGUCAAGAGCAGCACAGCAUGGUCGAGAAACCCACACUCCUCAGGGGUUUGGAGAGGGUGAAGACUGAACUCAGGGAAGAAGUCUCAGGACACUCCAGUGUGUCAGACGUGGAGUCAGACAGUGACUCUCCCACAGAGUGCAAAGCGUUGUUGUCGUCGUCCUCCUCCUCCUCUUCUGAUGAGGAUUCAGAGAGUUCCCAAGAGGAGGAAGAAGAGGAGGAAGGGGAGAGGGGCUCAUCUCACCAGAAAGGCUCAGGGCACACCAUAGAGCUGGACCAGUCUGGCCAGAAACUCAGGCACAAACACAAACCACUCAAACGAGACCGUCCUACCUCACCCAGCACAGAAGAGGCCAUUCAGGGGAUGCUGUCUAUGGCUGGUCUGCUGUGCCCCUCCAAGCCGGAAAAGGUAGCCUCAUCCCAGGAGCCGUGGUGGUCCAGCCCGAGCCAGAGGGACGCAGCGCAGCACCAGUGCCGACUUCAGGGGGACAAGAGCCCGAUGGACAGCCAGGGCAACAGCAGCAGCGAGGCCUGGGACAAUCAGGGGCUCCCCAGCCCCCUCAGUCGAAGCCACGCCACCAGCCCAGAGACGGAAUACCAGUACUGUGACCCCUCAAUGUCUCCUCCACUGCACCCCUCCAAGAGGCACGCCCCUAACCCCCCACCUAUCAGCAAUCAGGCCACAAAAGGCAAACGGCCCAAAAAAGGAAUGGCCACAGCAAAGCAGAGACUGGGGAAGAUCCUGAAACUCAACAGACACAGUCGUGUCUUUGUGUAACACUCCAAAAAAAACAUCAGCGGCAAAAAAUGAGAAGUUGGGGAUGUAUUCUUGAAGAAAGGAAAAAAAAAAGAAAGAACAGAAACAUUUGUUUAUUUGUUACCAGACACUUUUGUGCUGUAGGAAAUGGGGAAAGGAAAAAAAAAAGAACACACUGCCUGGAGACGACCACAACUGAACGAAUCUUGAUACAUUUAUAUAUAUUUAAAAAAAAAAAAAAAAACACGCUCACUGUGCAUGCUUAGGAGACAGGGUAUUGGAUUUGAAAUAAGCAAGUGCACGACUUCACUACAAGCACACUAAGAACAAAACAGAAAAAGGAGCAUUGAGGAGAGACGAAAACAAGCAUGUUAAGAAUUUUUUCUGCUGCAGGGAAAAGUGGACUGAGGCUCCUGGGGGCAUUUAAAUGGACUAAGGAGAUGUACUGUAGGAGGUCUACCAAACAAACAACAACAAGAAAAAAAGCUUGCUUUUCCGGGGAGACAGCAAGAUAUCUACUGCUUCUGAUGCCAAGAUCAUCUGCAUCACAUUUACUAAUAUAUCCUCUCUCCAGUGAACGCACCCCCCCCCCCAACCCCCCCAAUCCCAACAACCUUUUACUUGCUUACCUGCAAAGAGGAUGGAGGAGCAGGUGAAACGGAGCUGUAUCUCUUGCAGGGUCUUUUUUUAUUUUUUUUAUUUUAUUUUAACUUUUUUCCUCUGGCCCUGGAGGAGAAAUGAGGUGCUAAGGAGGAGGUGGAGGGAGGAGGAGGCGGUGAACUGAAAUUUCAAAAUGGUGCUUAUUGUUUGUACUUUUCUCCACUCAUGCUUUCCCCUUCCACCCUUCACCUCACCCCUUCCCCAACUCCCCUUCCCUUUUAUCUCAAUCACACCAGCAAUAAUGACUUUGAGGAGAAAAGUGAGAGACAGAGAGAGAGGCAGCACUUUGGAGCAUUCCCAGUUUCUCCUGUUUUGUAUAAAAGUCUGAACAGGUGCGUUAAUGACUUGCACAAUUUAGUGCAAAAUUUACUCUCAAAUCUGCACUGUUGUUUGAGAAUUAGGUAAUUAUGGCUAAAGGGAAAAUUGCUCAAAGUGCUGCCUCCAGGUGAAUUUGUUUUGAAUAGGAAUUAUGAGUCGUUCUCAUUUUUUAAAAAACUGAAAAUGACAAACGACUCACAUGUUAUCCUGCUUAAUUUAUUUCUUGUUUUAUCUGUGAUUUUGAUUUUUAAUGUGUUAUUUUUAUGGAUUCUGAAUGAUGUAUUUAUUAAUUGAAAGAGAGGAUUUUAUUAUAUUUUGACCCUGAAAACCUCAGCUAUUCUGAGGGUUUCUUUCCUUUAUAGGGGUUUUUCUUUUCUUUUUUUUUUUUUUUUUAUCUUUAACACAUACUUUUUUGUAAAUGUGGAUGUUUUAGACUUCAUGUGAUCAUCAUCUGUUGAGUAGCAGUCUACCUACAAAUCUUUUAUUACCUUUGAUUCUGUCACAACUCUUUUUUUCCCCCUGCCCAGUUGAAUAGUGUUGAUUCUCGUCUGUUCUGGUUUCCUCUUCUCCUUGUAGCCAGAGGGGUUGGGCUAAUGUGCGAAUAGAGACUAGGUUUAGGUCGAAAAAUGUCAGCUUCCAUAUCUACACCUGAGCUUUUUCAACGAGUGCCACUUAUCAUUUAGCAAAAAAGAUAACAAGUAUUCUGAGCCACUGUGGUCGAUCCAAAGUAGUUGAUGUAUUCAAAAGGAUUGAACGUUUGAGGAACUCCAACGGGAUGAGUGAGUUUUUUUCCUUUUUGCUUAUUUUUUAACAAUACCAGUGCUGAUGUGAGAUGUGUGUUUUUGCUCGGGGUGCGCAGUUCUUCACUCUCAGGGAAUGAUGCCAUGGACAUAACCUUUCGAUUAACCACCAGCCACGUCAUGGAUGCAGACAGGAUGUCCUCAGCGCUCACUCAAGACUUUAAGCUUCAACCUCCAGCUUUGGAGUCGCUGAGGUUUGCUUGUUUUUUUUCAUUAUUGCUCAAAAACAUUUAUUUCGUGAUUGUGGUUUUCAAGUUGUAAGGAUAAGCUGUGCUUUUACCAGUCAGUCAUUGUACCUUUACAGUAGGCUACUUUUACAACUUCUGUUAACAUGAAUUUGGUAUUGUCCCCCGCUGCUUCCUAACACACUUUUCAGCUCAGUGUUAAUACAGAAAACACCUGUGUUAAGUUGACUCUAAAAAUGUAAAUCACACCCAGGCUAAAUGUUGCCAAGUAGCUUUAAGGCCACUCAUUUUAACAGCAUGAGACUUUGAAAGCUUUGCUCAGGUCGACUUGAAGUGCACAUGAAGCUGCGAGCGACUGUGAUCAGUCACUCAGCCCUGAUGAGGUUGUUUCACAUUAUCCUAACACAAAGAACCAAUUUAGUGGUAAUCACAUUGCCAGACUGAUUUCCUCCCUUUUUUUCCUUACACUACACUUUAACCUUUGAACUCUUUGCAUGUCAAGUCAUUGAAAAACACACAAGCUGGCCCGCAGGUAGGGUUUGUCAUAAGCUGUAGUAUUCAUCGUACAGGAUCUGUCCCCUUUUGCUUUUAUAUGCAGCUCUCUUGGCAUUAAUGUUUAUGUGCGUUGGUUCUUGCAAUGGUUUUUUCCAAAUUUAAAUGGCUUAUGAUUUAAAAUAUACAAACACUGGCUAACUGUGACACUGUUAAUGCGUUGCAUUUUGUUUCUGCAUUUCAAAAAUUGCGUGUAAAUAAAACUAAUGAAAUAACA